AUACUGCUUUUUACUUUAAAAGGUACUGUACCCCACGCUACAGUGAGUUUGAAGAGCUUGAGCGGAAAUACUGGAAGAACCUCACAUUCAAUCCUCCCAUCUAUGGUGCAGAUGUGAAUGGUACUCUCUAUGAAAAGCACGUCGAUGAGUGGAAUAUUGGCCGGCUGAAGACCAUCUUGGACUUGGUGGAGAAGGAGAGUGGGAUCACCAUUGAGGGAGUGAACACCCCAUACUUGUAUUUUGGCAUGUGGAAGACGUCCUUUGCCUGGCAUACGGAAGACAUGGACCUGUACAGCAUCAACUACUUGCACUUCGGAGAGCCAAAGUCCUGGUACUCUGUUCCACCCGAGCAUGGAAAACGCCUGGAGCGCCUUGCCAAAGGCUUUUUCCCAGGAAGUGCUCAAAGCUGUGAGGCUUUUCUUCGCCAUAAGAUGACCCUGAUAUCCCCUUUAAUGCUGAAGAAAUACGGCAUUCCUUUUGACAAGGUGACUCAAGAAGCUGGCGAGUUUAUGAUCACUUUCCCUUAUGGUUACCAUGCUGGUUUUAACCAUGGCUUUAACUGUGCGGAAUCUACCAACUUUGCUACACGUCGAUGGAUUGAAUAUGGCAAACAAGCUGUAUUGUGCUCCUGCAGAAAGGAUAUGGUGAAGAUCUCCAUGGAUGUGUUUGUGAGGAAGUUCCAGCCAGAAAGGUACAAACUUUGGAAAGCUGGCAAGGACAGCGCGGUCAUCGACCACACUCUGCCUACUCCAGAAGCCGCUGAGUUUCUCAAAGAGUGUGAACUACCACCAAGAGCCGGGAGUGAAGAGGAGUGCCCUGAAGAGGACAUGGAAGGGGUGGAGGACGGAGAGGAGGGAGACCUGAAGAGAAGCCUGGCCAAGCAUCGUAUAGGAACAAAGAGGCACCGGGUUUGUCUGGAAAUACCACAGGAGGUGAGUCAGAGUGACCUGUUCCUCAAGGAGGAGCUGAGCUCUGGCCAGUAUGAGAUGACGGAGUGCCAGGCCACACUUGCUCCCGUGAGGCCCACCCACAACUCUGUGCGGCAAGUUGAGGAUGGUCUACCCUUCCCAGAUUACUCUGACUCUGCUGAAGUCAAAUUCGAAGAGCUCAAGAACGUCAAACUAGAAGAGGAAGAUGAAGAGGAAGAACAAGAGGCAGCUGCCCUCGAUCUUUCUGUAAAUCCUGCUUCUAUAACUGGACGCCUGGUCUUCUCGGGUUCCAAAAAGAAAUCAUCUUCUAGCCUGGGCUCCAGUUCUCGGGAUUCUGUUUCUUCUGAUUCGGAAACCAGUGAGCCCCUCUCCUGCCAAGCUGAAGGGCAAACGGGAGUUCUUACUGUGCACAGCUAUGCCAGAGGCGAUGGCAGGGUCACCGUGGCACAGCCGUGCACAAGGAAGAAAGGCAGUGCCCCCAGAAGUAUCAGCGAGCGGGAGCUGGCUGAGGUUGCAGAUGAAUACAUGUUUUCCCUGGAGGAGAAUAAGAAGUCCAAGGGUCGCCGUCAGCCCUUAAGCAAGCUCCCGAGGCAUCAUCCGCUUGUGUUGCAGGAGUGCAUCAGUGACGAUGAGACCUCUGAGCAAUUGACCCCCGAGGAGGAGGCUGAGGAGACAGAGGCCUGGGCCAAGCUCCUGAGCCAACUGUGGCAGAACCGACCCCCAAACUUUGAGGCUGAAAAGGAAUUCAAUGAGAGCUUGGCCCAGCAGCCCCCUCACUGUGCUGUCUGUAUGAUCUUCCAGACGUAUCAUCAGGUCGAAUUUGGAGGCCUUAGCCAGAACUGCGGAAAUGCUUCGGAAUUAGCCUCCCAAAAGCAGAGGACUAAGCCAUUGAUUCCAGAAAUGUGUUUCACCUCAACUGGCUGCAGUACAGACAUUAACCUGUCUACUCCUUAUCUUGAGGAAGAUGGUACCAGCAUGCUAGUUUCCUGCAAGAAAUGCAGUGUCCGUGUUCAUGCUAGUUGCUACGGUGUACCCCCUGCAAUGGCUUCUGAAGACUGGAUGUGUUCUCGGUGUUCAGCCAAUGCCCUAGAGGAAGACUGUUGUUUAUGCUCCUUACGAGGAGGGGCCCUGCAGAGAGCAAAUGAUGAUAGGUGGGUCCAUGUUUCAUGUGCUGUGGCAAUUCUGGAAGCAAGAUUUGUCAACAUUGCAGAGAGAAGUCCAGUGGAUGUGAGCAAAAUCCCCUUGCCCCGCUUCAAACUGAAAUGUGUCUUCUGUAAGAAGCGGAGGAAAAGAAACGCUGGCUGCUGUGUGCAGUGUUCCCAUGGUCGGUGCCCAACUGCCUUCCACGUGAGCUGUGCCCAGGCUGCUGGAGUGAUGAUGCAGCCAGAUGACUGGCCUUUUGUUGUCUUUAUUACCUGCUUUCGGCAUAGGAUUCCCAGUUUGGAGCGUGCCAAAGGGGCCUUGCAGAGUAUUACUGCUGGCCAGAAGGUCAUUAGCAAACAUAAGAAUGGGCGCUUCUACCAGUGUGAAGUGGUCAGGCUCACCACUGAGACCUUCUAUGAAGUCAAUUUUGAUGAUGGCUCCUUCAGUGACAAUCUGUAUCCUGAGGACAUAGUGGUAAUGUCUGCAAGCAGCUUCUCUGGCAGUUUGGGACUUAGGAGUUUCUAGGCCUAGUUGGUAGACUGCCUGUGGGUAUGCUUGCCUUUAUUAAUAGGUCCUGUGAGUUCUUUAAUUUUCCCUAAAAGACAUUUAUACUGGUUUUUCCUUGCAAGGAAAACUGUGCUAAUGGGUUACUGUGCUCCCCCUAAAAUUUCAUGGGAAUCAGUAUUUUCUCCAGUUCUCUAAACUACACAUGUUUUGGCCAGACUAUCCUGAAGGCACCUAAUAGAGUGGAAAAAGCCCAUUCUUUAGUAUCAAAUUGUGCACGUUUUGCUGUUCCAAAAGAUGUAUGACUUUUACAGAACUAUCCAGCUAUUUUUUCUACCAUGCCAUCUUAGCAGAUGUAGAAUCUGCUCUUUGCUAUUUACAGUUGAGGGCUUUGGGGCUAAGGAAAAACUGGUGGGAACCUCGCUAGGCCAUCUUCUUCCAGGCCUGUCAUUUCAUUCAACCAUCACUGAUUGUGCACCACACCUUAAGCUGGGAUAUAGUUGAACAGUCAUUUUAAAGUAUCCUUUUCUAGGAGUAAAGGUUCUAAUGUAUUGUGCCAUGACCCAUCGUAGGUAACUACUUUUUGUAACUUGCCUGUGUUUUAAAAACACCGUUCUUAAAUUCUGAGUAAAUUUCUAGCAUUUCUUUAUGAAGAGUUGUAGAAAACAGGUGAGUGGAUGUGAAGAUCACUGAUUUUGGCACUUAGCUCCUAUGCUUACUGAGUUUGCUAAAUUCAUUAUGCCUGUUCAUUUUGUCACCUAGAAUCAAGAUAAGAGAUACAGGGUAGACUCUGAUUUGCAAAUAACCUUUCAGCCCAGAGUAAGUAGUCUAUAGGAAUGUCAAAGCGGAAGCAUAAUCUAUAACUUAUUUUUCCCUGAGUAGAUGUCAGUUACCAUUGUGCUGAAGUGGACCUUUCAUUGUCCUUUUUUCUUUCUUCAGAGCCAGGACUGUCUCCAGUUGGGUCCUCCUGCUGAAGGAGAAGUGGUCCAAGUGAGAUGAACAGAUGGCCAAGUCUAUGGAGCUAAAUUUGUGGCUUCUCACCCCAUCCAAAUGUACCAGGUGGAGUUUGAGGAUGGCUCACAGCUUGUGGUUAAGAGAGAUGAUGUGUAUACACUGGAUGAAGAGCUUCCCAAAAGAGUCAAGUCUAGACUGUCAGUGGCCUCAGACAUGCGCUUCAAUGAGAUUUUCACGGAAAAAGAGGUGAAGCAAGAAAAGAAACGGCAGCGGGUCAUCAACUCUAGAUACCGGGAAGAUUAUAUAGAGCCUGCACUGUACCGGGCCAUCAUGGAGUAGGUGCUUCCAGCGUCCAGCAGGUUCCCAGCCAUGGAGGCGAGAGCGCUCUGGUGUUCCACAGCACAGCAGACACACAGAACUCUGAAGUCUCUAAAAGUGAAGUUGUAAAAAGAAAAGGAAUGAAAUCUUCGACCCCAUCACCUUCUUAAUCCGCCCUCUUCACAUUCUGCCCUAGUGAAAGGACAAGCCAUUUUGGGACAUGUGGCAGCAGCUGCUGAUCUCUCAGCUGAGAGGCUGAGCACUGGAAUGCUGUGGCUGUACUGACCCAGGUUCCAAAAGGAGUCAACUGUGCCAGUUGGGCAGAUUGCCCUGCUCCUGGCCUAGGACUUCGUUUCCUACCAAUUAAUCACCACCCUCUAGGCAGAGGUGCUGGUACUUUCCCGAUUCCUUUUGUAUUUAUAUGUGUGUGUGUGCUCGAGUGUGUGCGUGUGUGUGGGCGUGUGUGUGUGGUCUGGAUCAGCUUCUGCAAGCCCCUGGCCUUUACUUUCUUCCUUGCCUAUGCAGGGCAAACAAAAUGUGAAAUUCUGUUCUCGGCUAAGCUGAGUAAAGGCCCCUGGGAGUUGGCUGGA